GAUAAUUCCGUUUUUCUCAAAACACUCUAUCGAAAUGAUUACAACAAUUCAUAAUCUGUCAAUCCACUGAAAUAAUAAUGUUGACAACCUUCUAUCUGGAAAAAUAUGAUCACCCAAAUUAUUCUACAUUGCAUAUGACAAGCUUUAUCAGUACCAACGCUGACUCUCAAGCAAACAGAUAUCACUGCCCUCUGUGGAGAUGGCUUCUUCCACCAUAAGCCGGCCUCCCGUGAGGAUAUCAAAGGUCGCGGGGAGGUACCUACUCUUCGACAUAGAUGACGUGAUGCACCUGCGCAAGAACCACAACAUCUGCUCCGUGUUCGUCGGGACGAUUCCCCAGAAUCCCCAGCAGAACAUCUUUAUGGGCUUGCCUAUCGAGCUGAUGCCUGAGGAGGCCCAGAUCCUCGUCGACAAGAACGUAGCAUACAUUGUAGACGACGCCGCGUUUCAUCCCGCCCGCCUCGCUACUCUAGAUGACGACGCGCGCAGGAGAUACCUGCAGUCUGUCAAAGCUGAGGGCAGGAAGGCGCAGAUGGCGGCUGCGGAGAGCAAGCUGAGCGCGAAGCCAAAAGUGACUACUACUACUACUACUAAGAAAGAAAAAGCAAAGCCAAAGACUUCAGAAAACGAAGCAAGCCUCGAAGCAGACGAUGAGACUAGCACAAGUCUCUUCAGCCCCUCCUCUCCGCCACCGUCAAGUGGCGUCCCCUCCCACUCCCAACUCUCCCAAGCAGAAGACCACCCCGCCUUCGCAAUAACACCCACAACAAGCAGCCUUAUCCUCCCCCCUUCCCCUCCCCUUGCUCCUCCCGAAGGACUCUUCCCCUUCUCCGCCUCCGUCAACGUCCCGCCCUCGUACCCGCUAUACGCGCACCUUCAGGACCGCGGUUACUACAUGAUGCCUGGCCUGCGCUUCGGCUGCGAUUACAACGUGUACCCAGGCGACCCCCUACGUUUCCACAGCCACUUUCAGGCCGCCAGUUACGGCUGGGAAGAGGAGAUUGCUGUCCUUGAUCUUGUGGCCGGCGGACGACUGGGUACGAAUGUCAAGAAGGGGUAUCUGAUUGGUGGGGCUGUGGUAGGUGAUGAUACGGAUGAGCAUCAGACGAAGAGAGAGGGGAUAGAUGAAAAUCCCAAGGCUCCGCGAGCCAGGGCUUUCUGUAUAGAAUGGGCGGCUAUGUAGAUAUGUACCUAAAUGUAGGCAGGAUGCUGCCGCAGUCACCAGUCCGUAGUUGUUUAUAACAUCUACGAUCUUAUUAAAAGGGCAAUAUUGACGUAUUCUACAUAAA